AUGAGCUCCAAGGACAAGGCCAAGUUCAAGCUGUUUCUGAAAACGAAACCGGCAGGAUACGUGGGUGAGCGGACCCUCCGGCCAGAGUUUGAGAGGGAACUACGGCCGGAGCAGCCGGUGGCGGAGCGAUGCAGGAUGCUAAAGGAGCUAGGCGACAUGUAUCUGCACAGCUUCAACCUGGAUGAGACGUCCAUCACUAUUCUGUUUAAUCUCACCAACGAUCUCAUCGUGCCCAACAAGCCGGCCGAUACGCGCCAGAUUGCGUUGAGCUUCUACAAGCGACUAAUCCACACACAGUACAAGAACCUGACCAUCAUGCGGGAGAAGUUCUUCCUGGUCAUUCAGAACCACGAGGCGCGCGAGGAUCUGCGUCACCUGCUUGACCUGCUCGACACACUCACCGACAAUGGGAAGGACAUCACCAACUUCGAGGAGAAGAUUGGCAAGUUUAUGCUGCUUUGGAUCCCAGCGAUCACUGAGGCCAAUCUGCUGAGCCCCUAUCUUGACAUGCUGGUCAAUCUGAUCAAGUUCAAUGCAGCCCAUCUGGACAAGGACAUUCUCGUGGGAAUCGUGCAGAAUGCCUGCGAACUUAGCUGCAGCGUUACGGUUGAUGAGAUUGGCCUACAGUGCCUGACAAUCCUGGAGAUGGUCAUCGGCUACACCAUCUUUCCCAGCGAGCCACUGCCGCAGUGCAUCACAACCUUGUGUCGAACGGUCAAUCACGCGCCCUAUUGUCCGGCCUCAUUUAAGAUCAUGAAGAACCUGCUGGGCACACAGCUGGGCUAUCAUUCCAUGAAGAUGAUGUGCAGCAUCCUCAACGAUCGUGCCCUCUACGACGACGCGCACAUGCUUCGCGGUGCUGUUUUCCACCUGAACAUGAACAUCUUCGGAUCGAACAUUAUUUUUCAGGUUUCACCUAUGACCUAUGCCACGAAUGUGCUGACAGCCUUCCUUCGGGCUCUCGACAGUCGACAGGUUAUCGUUACCUUUGAGGUGAUCCUUAGCGUUCGCAUGGUGAUUAACAAGCAGCAGCUUUCUGAGAUCAUUUGGGAUCGCAUUUGCGACAUAAUGUCGGCAAUCGUCAGCAAUAUCGAAUACUAUGAGGCGACCAACAUCAACAAGGACCGACUGCAUCAUUUGCAGAUCAAUUUUCAUGAGAACAUCGACUGCAUAGAAAAGCUGUUGCAGCAGGAUCGGUCCCAAAUUCUGGGUAAUGUCGAACGCAUCUACGAUCUCAUCGAGCGGGUGGCGGAUCGACGACCAGAGGCCUCAGUUCUGGCCCUAAUCGAGUACCGAUCGAAACGCGUGACGGCUACGCGACCGGAAUGGCUUCAGGUGCUGGCCCAGUUCGUGCGUCGUUACUAUCGCAUGUCCAAUGUCGAUGUGCGUAUCAAGACCAUAGAGGCGCUGGUACGGAUUAUGGACCAGAACCGUGCCUGCUACGAGGAGGAGAUUCUCAGUAGGGUGGUGCUCGUCCUGCUGUCCAACAUCCAUCUGGAGCCAAGUGUUCUUGUCCGCGUGGCUGUCGUUCGUGCUCUAGCUAACUUUGCGUCGCACUGUGAUACAAAACGAUGUAUGGACCUGCUGGACAUCCUGGAGGCGCUCAUCAACCGACCAUUUGAGCAUACCCGACAUGCGUCCUCGGGAGCGAGCGACACUGAAGAUAUUAUAGCUGCCGUCGAUGGUUUGGUCAAGGUAUUCGCCAUUAAGCUGCACCGCAUGCCAGCGGCCCACGCCCUCAAGAUAUUUAACAUUCUGAUGGAUCACUUGGAGCUACAUUACGACCGGCCCAAGAUCUUUCAACAGACUAGCUUGGUGCGAUUUAAAAUCUUCACUUGGCUGCUCCAGGCCCGUGCUAAUGGCUCUUACCACAUUGGUUAUCCGGAGGGCGACACCGAUGUGGUAAAGUUCAGUCACUAUCUGGGCAUCGAUUCGCCAUUGUUGCCACAGGCUCACGCCACAGCCAUCUCUACGCGUCGAAUGUGCAAGCUGAUUGUGCGCUGCCUAGAGCAGGAUACCGACUAUUUGGUGUUCCAACUGGUCAUCCGGAAGCUGCCAAAAGUGCUGCAGAACAAAGCACUGGUUCAAGGCAACGAUAUAGAGGAAAUGGCCAACACACUCCUCAAAAUUACCUCGGUGACCAAUAAUAAGUUCAAGCGGCCCACCGACGAAUUUCAUGCCUUGGUCCUGCCCGCCAUCGCCUCGCUGGUCAUCUACCAUGAGAGCCUGCAGCCGCCGCAGCACUAUGGAAUUAUUACGGCCCUUAAUUCGAGGGUUCUCACCGGCGUCGCUAGCGUCUGCAUCAACACGAUGACGAUUCUGAUACUGGAGAUGCCUGAGGCUCUGAUGCGAAAGUUGCCAGCCGUAUUGCUGCAGAUGAGCAAGAUGUCCGACACGAAUGCGCUGGCCACUCCGGUUCUGGAGUUUCUGUCGCUGCUAAUUCACCUGUCCAAACAUCUCUUUGCGAACUUCACAAACAUGCACAACAUGUAUGUGUUUGCCAUCACCCUUCCAUAUACGAAGCCACAUCGCUACGAUCACUAUACAGUGUCUUUGGCCCACCACAUCAUCGCCGGAUGGUUCCUAAAGUGCAAGCUAGAGCUGCGCAAGAACUGCGUUAACUACAUCAAGAACUCGAUUCAGUCAAAUGCCAAGAUGCUAUCUAGCGAUAUUGUGAAUCUGAAUUCCCUCAACGAGGACUCGUCCAAUAGAAAGCGAAGCACGAGCCUCACAGAAGGCGGUAGUCGCAACAACGCUAAUGCGUGGAAUGACCUGGAAAUGCGACCGCAGAUGAACAAUGGACUGCGCAACAUCCAUGCCGAGCUGGCGGAGACCUGCUUUGACUUUCUGGCCCGGCACACCUACUCGCCCUGCCCGUCGAUGCCCAAGCGUCUUCCUGCCGCCGAAUAUCUGCUGAAGGAUGGUGCUUCCCAGACCUGGCUUGUGGGUCACAAUCUGGUGACCAUAACCACUUCUGGUUGCCCAUCGGCCCCGACGCGCAGCGGUCUCUGCGAGCGUUGCGCUCAAUUGGGAAAGGCACCCAGCAUAAGCCUGAACUCCAAGAGUUUGAGUGAUGCUUCCGCAGCUCCGCCCCUGUCGCCGGAACGGGAGAGACGCUACACCAAGGUGAGCCUGCAGCACAGCAGCGGCAACGAAUCGGCGGGCAGCACCGAGCUGACUUCCUCUUCGUCCUCAAACUCGGCAGCUACAGGCGGCCAUCCGCACCGACAGAUCUCCAACAGCUCCACCGCCUCUCUAGACGCGUUGUCGCGUCGUGGCUCGAACCCCGAGGCCAUGGGCAGCGGUGGACUUGGUGAGGAGGGACCACAUACUGGGAGCAACACAUCGCUCCUUGGAAACUCCUUGUCGCAAUCCUCGGUGAGCAUGAGUCCAUCGUCAGGGGGAUCGGUGGUACAGCAGGCGGUUUGUGUGCGCUCCUGCACUGGCUGGGCGGAGAUUCUCAUCCGUCGGCCAACUGGUAAUGUCUCCUGGAUAACCCGCAUUCAGAAUCCUAUUACCAACGACUGCUACGGACAGGAUCUGCCCUUCAACAACGUUGUCUCGCUGUUUUUGCCCACGGCGUAUGGCGGAGUAUUUGGACCGGACACCACCACCGUUCAGCAGACUCCAUCUCAUCCAUUGAUUGCAGAUCCCGAGACAGAACCGGAGGCAAACCCAUCUGCUGCUCCUGCACCGCAAGCGGCGAGUGCCAUUCGCAGCCGGAUGGUGGCUAAGGCUCGUGCCCUACAGCGACAGGAGGAGAUCCACUCUGUGGGCGGCGGCAAUGGCAAUGGCAGCGAAAGUGGAAACGGAAAUGGUAAUGGAAAUGCAUGCAGUAGUGGAGCCGCAGCUGCCAUUCCUAUUCCACGGGUUUCGGCAGCCGGAAAACGAGGUAAGGAGGCUGCUCUCUGCGGGAGUGUAAGCGACGGCGAAGCGGACGACGAUUCGCUGGCCUUCGAGGAUGCUCAGAGUCGCUCUCGGAAUCCUGUUCGUCGGGUCAACUCCAGUCCGGAGAUGAGUUCUAGCUGGCGGCAGUCCUUUUUGACCAACAAGCCGAUGCCACUGUCCCAGGAGCCCGUAAAGUCCGCCGUCGAUGAACCGCAAUCGCAGCUCACGUUGAAGAAAAAGAGCGUCCAAUACAGCCCCAAGGAUAUGCGGGUUAGCUGCGAGGCCAUACCGGAGGAGAUAGCCGGUUCUACGCCGCCCUCGGCUAUACAGGCCCUGCAGCCAGAGAGUGGAACUCUGCCGCCCAAGCAGCAUUCUGCGGACGAUGUGAGCAGCCAUGUAGCCGGCGGCAACAGUAGCACCCUGCAGGCUGGUGGAGGAUCUACAUUGAAACUGGGAAAACCGCCGCUUUCGCCUGGUCAGCUGCCUUUGCUGGCGGCGGGAAGAUUGACCAGCUUUGGUGGCACCUCUGUUCCGCAGCCCGGUGCUCUGGCCAAUUCUAAUAGCGGUGGCGGCGGUAGCAAUGGAGCGAAUGUCGGGGGCGUGAUACCCUCUGAUUAUGACAACGGCAACAAUGGCAACGGCGACAUGAUGCGCGGGCGCUCGAAAACUAUAUCGGGAAUACCAAGCAAUGGCAGUGGUGCCUGUCCGCCCCCGGCAAGCAGUUUCCGGAACUUUGGAACUUCCAAGCCGCCCAUCAACACCAAGCUGUGCAUGAAUCCCAGCUUCGUGUUUUUGCAGCUUUAUACCACCGGACAGCUGGGCGUCACGGAUGUCCCGCUGAAAGUGGGCCCGGAAAAUGCUAGCGCUGUGAACCUGAUCGAUUUGGUUCCGCCAUUCGAGACGCACAAGAUCGGCGUGCUGUACGUGGGCCAGGGACAGUGCAACAACGAGGUGGAGAUCCUGCGCAACUCGCACGGCAGCUCUAGAUAUGUGGAGUUCCUCCGCAACAUCGGCACCUUGGUCAGCCUGAAGGAGGCCGAGCAAAACAACCUGUUUAUUAUGCUGGACAGGAAUGGAGCUGAUGGCAAAUUUGCCUACAUUUGGAAAGAUGACAUACUGCAGGUCACCUUCCAUGUGGCCACAUUGAUGCCCACCAACCUGCAGGAUGAUCCCAACUGCAACUUGAAGAAGAGUCAUAUUGGCAACGACUUUGUUAAGAUCAUCUACAACGAGAGCGGCGAGAAAUAUAAUCUAAACACCAUAUCCGGACAAUUCAACUACGCUUGUGUAAUUGUGGAGCCACUUGAGCUAAACUCCAAUAGAGUGUAUGUGAAGGCACGCUCAGAGAUAUCAAAGUUCGUGUGCCACCCAGAACCCAGGAUCGUCUCCGAUCGCAGUGCUCCUCUGUUGGCGCGACAAAUGGCUCUGCACGCCAAUCUCGCCUCGCUAGUCUACCAAAGUGUGCAGAAAAAGCAUCCAUAUGCAUCAAAUUGGCUAGAACGAUUGCGCAAACUCAAGCGCCUGCGAUCAAAGCUGAUUGAGGGCCUGAACAGCCAGCAAAAAUCCGGCAGUGCUUCGAGCGGCAUCGGAGUCAAUGCUGCCACGUCCAUAGGCUCGGAUAUUAAUGACCAACGAGGGGACUUUAUCAGAUUCACAUAGACGACGACAACAACG